CGGCCCAAGGAGCCCAUGGACCUGAGCGCUGCCGCCGCGCUGUGUCUCUGGCUGCUGAGCGCUUGCCGUCCCCGCGACGGGCUCGAAGCUGCCGCGGUGCUCCGAGCGGCGGGGGCAGGACCAGCCUGGAGCCCCGGGGGCGGCGGCGGCGGGAGGACCCUCGCCCGGGCUCCAGGCCCUUCAGCUCUCCAGGCCGCUGCGGUCCCGGGUCCCCGAGCUGUGCGCCGCGCUGCGGGUUCUGGCUUCAGGAACGGCUCGGUAGUGCCACACCACUUCAUGAUGUCGCUUUACAGGAGCCUGGCGGGGAGGGCUCCGGUCGCGGCAGUUUCAGGGCACGGGCGCGUGGACACGAUCACCGGCUUCACAGACCAAGCAACUCAAGACGAAACCGCGGCCGAGCCAGGCCAGAGCUUCCUGUUCGACGUAUCCAGCCUCUCGGACGCCGACGAGUUGGUGAAUGCGGAGCUGCGCGUGCUGCGCCGGAGGUCUCCGGAGCCGGACAGGGACACUGCGACCCUCCCUCCGCGGCUGCUGCUGUCCACGUGCCAGGACGAGGCUGGCACAGCUCACCUGCUGCACUCCCGGGCCGCCGAGCCCCUGGCCGGCGCGCGCUGGGAAGCGUUCGACGUGACAGACGCGGUGCAGAGCCACCGCCGCUGGCCGCGCGCCUCCCGCAAGUUCUGCCUGGUGCUGCGCGCGGUGACGGGCUCGGAGAGCAGCCCGCUGGCCCUGAGACGGUUGGGGUUCGGCUGGCCGGGCGGUGGCGACGGCGGCGGCACGGCCGCUGAGGAGCGCGCGCUGUUGGUGAUCUCUUCCCGUUCGCAAAGGAAAGAGAGUCUGUUCAGGGAGAUCCGAGCCCAGGCCCGCGCUCUCCGGGCCGCUGCAGAGCCGCCACCGGAUCCAGGACCAGGCGCUGGGUCUCGGAAAGCCACCCUGGGCGGUCGCAGGAGGCGGCGGACCGCGCUGGCUGGGACUCGGGGAGCGCAGGGAAGCGGUGGUGGUGGUGGUGGUGGUGGUGGUGGUGGUGGUGGCGGCGGUGCCGCAGGCAGGGGCCAUGGGCGCAGAGGUCGGAGCCGCUGCAGUCGCAAGCCACUGCACGUGGACUUUAAGGAGCUGGGCUGGGACGACUGGAUCAUCGCGCCUUUAGACUACGAGGCAUACCACUGCGAGGGCGUUUGCGACUUUCCGCUGCGCUCGCACCUGGAGCCUACCAACCACGCCAUCAUUCAGACGCUGCUCAACUCCAUGGCGCCAGACGCUGCUCCAGCCUCCUGCUGCGUGCCUGCACGGCUCAGUCCCAUCAGCAUCCUCUACAUUGACGCUGCCAACAACGUGGUCUACAAGCAGUACGAAGACAUGGUGGUGGAGGCCUGCGGCUGCAGGUAGCAUGCGGUCUGGGGAGGGUCUGGUCGCCCAGGACCCUAGCUGAAGAGCACAUGUCCUCAGGCCCGAGGGACGGCGGACUAUGGCCUCUGCCAGCACAGAGGAGAGCACACAGUUAACACUCACAUUUACACACACUCCUUCACUCACGCACAUGUUUACUGUGGACGGCAGGCGCUAAAAGCCUUGCUUAUUUGCUACCAUUGAUACAAACUUCUGUCCUUUUUGGGAGAGGGAAGGGCGUCUAUGUUUAUGUUGCAGUAAUUGGCACUAAAUCCAAGUAGAAAUGUGUUAGCAUUGGGUUCUCCUUUUAGUUGG